AUGUCGCCUUCGCCAUCCGGGAGCGAAAUCGUGGGAGGACUGCCCCGUAAGCCACACGGCACCAAUAAUCGUCAACCUCCCUGGUACGGCAAAUUCGCCACUAUCAUCAGCGUCUACGCUCCCCCGAUGACCAACCCUGACGUGACAAGGAACAAAUUCAACGAACACCUGCAUGCACUUCUGACGUCUGUGCCUAGAGCGGAUAAGUUGAUUCUCCUUGGUGACUUCAAUGUUCGCGUCGGCACAGAGCAUGCUGCCCGGAAAGGAGUGCUGGGUCCCAAUGGUCUCGACGCUUUCAAUGACAAUGGCCCGCUCCUCCUGCGAACCUGCGCUGAGCACCGCUUUCCGACGCAGGAGAAGGCCACCUGGAUGCACCCUCAAUCACACCACUCGCACCUGCUGGAGUAUGUCCUCGUUCGGAGGCGAGACCAGCGGGACGUGCUGAUGACAAAGGCCAUCUCGGGUGCCAAAGGGUGGAUUGACUAUCACCUCGUCAUCUCCGAGAUGAGGAUUCGCCUACGGGCACUCAAGAGACCUCAAGACGAGUGA